CCUUAGAGGCGGUGUCUUUUUCCAGGAAGCCGUCUAAAGCCUGACCUCAGCAGUCACUGCUGACCUGAACGUGUUACAGACUGGUGCGUGUGCGAGUGCAAGUGUGUGUCGACAUUAAGUGCACCAGCUGAAAAGCUGUCCUACGAUACCUUUCACCAUCCUGACCUUCAUUGGUGCUUGUAAAGGAAUACCGCAACUGAUACCUCAGACACAAAAAGGAUGUACAUCUCUCUAACCCUGCAUCUCAUUGUGAUACUCACAGGAGACAUUCACUGUAAUGACUUUCGAGAGGUGAAGGUCAAGCGAGGCGGAACGGUCACUCUGCAUUGUGACAUCAUUAGGACUACUGGAUCGCACAUUAACUGGUUCCGAAACUGCGCUCACAGCUAUCAGCCUGCGCUCGUCAUCUCCCCGACCAUGCUCAGGGAGCAUCCCAUGGAACGUUUCACCUUUGUGAAAAGAGGCCACGAGUCCUACAACCUGCGGAUAUCGAACGUCACACCAGCUGAUCUUGGGACAUACUACUGUGCAAACACAGAGAAGAAGGAUGGCCAGGAACAUUACAUUUAUGGGAAAACUUUUACACGUGUGGUACUGACUGGAAAUGGGUUGGAUGAAUGUGAAGAAAUUAAAACUCCAACGGACUGCAGUGCCUGUCCCCAGCAGGGGCCAUUCAGUAGCCCUGGCCCUCCUCUGGCGUUGGGCUCAGAGUGUGGGCAGUGCUGGAUGAUGAUCUACAGUGGGGGUGUUGUGUGCAUUCUGCUCGUUGGCAUCCUCAUCACUGUUUGCAUCUCCCACAUUUGCUUAAAGAAAGAUCAUCAAAAAGAAGUUGAGUUCUACAGUCAUGGAUCUCAGUUCAAGGCUCACGAGUUGAGUAAGGAGCACCGGUGCUGGAGCAGUGUAAGGGGGCAGCCCUGCCUCCACACAGAGGUCAUUUACAGACCCCUGGGCUCGUCACACACCCGCCUCGACGAGUGAGGACUUCCUAAAGAGACUGAUUUCUGAAGUGUUUUUUGUUUGUUUGUUUGGUAGAACAAAAAAUGUCAUAAGAGUAUUAACACCCAUUUUUAAGUUUUUAAAAAAUAACACAAUGUUGAA